AACGUAAGCUUUCUGGAGACACCCAAUUGUACUAGAGGCCACGGUGAUGCUUGACGAGGAUGCUUGACGGCCGAAAUCCAGCUCCACUCGUCGUCCAUCCCUCGAUUUUCUGACUUGCAAUUGCAAUUGGACACGGACGGUUCAUGAGCUCGUCCGUCACCUUGUUUCCAAGAUGAAGACGUCGGCGGUCUUCUCGGCCGUCCUCUCCUUCGUGACAUUCGCUUCGACGAGCUCAGCAGCGAGCAGCUCGCACACCGACCUCCCCUCGACAUUCACGCCGCCCCAGGUAUUCAAGAACGCCAAUCUUGUCCACGUUAUAUCCCUCGAGAAGAACUAUGUCAAGGAGAACAUCAACGUAGUAAUAGAAAACAUCGACAAGGCGCCGCAACAAGACUACUUCCAACCUUUCACGGCCGACCAGAUAUCGCGGCUAGGUGGUGUCGAGGUUAAGGAUCGCAAGGAUGCCAGCGUUGGUCCGUUUGGUGCCGAGGUUGUCGUAGUUGACUCGAAGAGUGACCUCCAGUAUCUUCGUAUCCGGCUUCCCACUCCCCUGAAACCCAGUGCUCAGCAAACCAUCGGCAUCACCUUCCAUUUUUUGAAGGCUUACAACCCUCUGCCCGCGUCUAUCAAACAAGAGGAUACGCAGUUCCUCUCGUAUUCCUUCUCCGCCUACUGCCCGUCGGCAUACACCACGUCGAAGCAGAAGACCGAAGUCAAGUUCCCGUCAGCUACCGUCCCCGACUUCACCAAGCUACCCGGCAGCGGAGAGGUCAAGGAGUUCCCGCAGAAGCAGGGAUCGAAGCUUACCUAUGGCCCCUUUGACGAGAAGCCGGCCGGCGCUCUCGAGCCCGUCCAGGUUCGGUUCGAGUUCAACAAGCCCGUGACCCACGUCGCCCGCCUUGAGCGUGACGUCGAAGUCAGCCACUGGGGUGGGAACGUUGCGUUUGAGGAGCGCUACACCAUAUUCCAUCGCGGAGCGAACCUAUCUUCCCUCUUCAACCGUGUGAAGUGGGCGCAAUCGCAAUACUACCAGCCCGCUACGCAUGCGCUCAAGGAGAUCAAGUUCCCGCUUCGCAUUGGAAGCGCCGAUCCUUACUACACGGACGUGAUUGGCAACGUUUCCACGUCGCGAUUCCGCAGCAACAAGAGGGAGGCUCUGCUCGAGAUCAAGCCCCGGUAUCCUCUUUUUGGCGGCUGGAAGUACCCAUUUACCAUUGGCUGGAAUUCGGAUGCGAAGAACUUCCUUCGGACACACUCUGGCAAUGCGUACAUCUUGAACGUCCCCUUCCUUGAAGGCCCGAAGCAACCCGAGGGAGUCGAGUACGAGCAGGUCGAGGUUCGGGUAAUCUUGCCUGAAGGCGCCGAGAACGUGAAAUAUUCUACAACCAUUCCGGUUUCGUCGAUCACGGACGCCGAUGUAGUGACCCACAAGACUUUUCUAGACACGAUUGGCCGGACGGCUCUUGUGAUCAAGGCGCGCAAUCUGGUUGACGACUUCCGGGAGCGGGAGUUGGUCGUAUCCUACGAGGUUCCUCUCUUGGCCAGCUUGCGCAAGCCCUUGAUCAUUUUCGGCAGCGCAGUCGCGCUGUUUGUAACCACUUACAUUUUGGGUUCGCUCGAUUUCCGAUUUUCUUCCAAAUAACUUGAGCGAGGUAGAGAAGCGAGAAAAUGCGAUUGUAAAAAGGGUUGGGACAGGAUCUAUAUCUACUUUUUAUCUUGAAAUGUAUCUUUGUAUCAUCAUCGCUCCCGAGGGAAUCUGCAAAAGCAAAUGGAGAUGCUGGCUUUCGAAUGAUACUCGCGCGUAUAUCUAGGAGUGAUUCCAUGGGGUAGACACGGCACUCGGACACCCCGAACACAACCCCGCUACAGGGGCUUUCAAGAUGAUGCGGAAGUUAUUGAUGCAGUGCCAUUCCCGGCUCGAGUUUUCGUG